ACCAUCAAACGUACAAAAAAAUAUUUUUUGUGAAAGCUUAACGCGUUUCGAACUACUGCGUCGCAUUAUUAUUUUGUUAGAAAAGAAAAUAUCAGAUCUAAUUAAGAAAACAUGUACAUGAACUCUUGAGUGAGUGAUUUGAUUAUAUCUUUACGUAAUUUAUCAGACUUUACAUAGAUAUCAUAAAUGAAUUUUCAAGUGAUUAGUUUUCAGAAAUAACUAAAAAGUAAAUUGAACAAAAUGGUGUCAACGAGGCAAAUGAGUAGUGUCGGAGGCAGCAGUGGAAGUAGCGAAGGUGCAGGGCCUUCUCACGCGGAACCAGUAGCUGUGUCCCGCGUGACUCGUCAUUCUAGCGCCUUGCUCCCGGGUGGUUCUUCACCACAUGCCAGCUCUUCGAAGUGUAACAGCAUAGUUCCGGCACCGAAAACUUACACUACCAAUUUACUUGAUCUGCCCAUUGAAGUAGUAGAUAAAAUUUUUAGCUACUUGGGAUUCAAAACUGUCUCACAACUCAGGAUGGUCAAUCGGCAAUUUAAUACAAUAUGUAGUUCUAUCUUAAAUUCUACAUUUCAACGGCUUCAAAACCAGAUGUUACAUAGAUUCCAAUCUAUCAAAGCCAAGAUGCCGCGUCGUGAGUCAGCUCGCAGAAGUCACCCUUUGGCUUGUGAGUCUGAUAUCAUUGAAACACUGCACAUGAGGCUUAGUCUCUUGCAGAUGACAUUUGGAAAACACAUUGAAAGAAAACAUUGCUGUUUUUUCCCAGGAGAGAUACUAGAUGAGGUAUACAGUAUUCUGUCCUACUUAAAAACAACUACUAAACUGGCAAGGCCUUAUAAAGUAACUGAUGAACUCUUUGAUUUGACUACGAUGGCCAUGGAAUACUUUAAAGAACACAUUGAACCUAAUUUGCCUGAGAUAACAUACUUUGGCACAGAUUUCUUUGACAUUACCACAGCAUUUUCUCCGGGUGAGAGUAGUAAGUCAUAUAUGUGUUUGGAUUCACCACCACCAAGUGGCUUUGAGUCAUCUUCCCAACAACAGGGCGGCAACUCGUCCGGUGAUCGCCGUGUAUCAUCGCUCAAUCUGUACAUGGAGGAAAGCUUACCACCCUCACCCCCGCCGCCACAAAGCAACAUGGUUCUAAGAAAACGGAUACACCGUAUUAAACAAGGAAUGAAAAAAUAUAACGACCAAUUGUCGGCAUUACGUAGCGAUCUCCGUAACUGCAAACGAAAGACAGCUCUACAACAGAAGCAAAUAGCUGAACAACAAAAACAGAUAGCAGAACAACAGAAGCAAACUUUAGAGUAUGCAAACCGCCUUGAUGACUAUGAUAAGAAAAAUGAAGAAACAAGUCGCAAAUUUCAAACUUUACUUCAGGAAUUGAAUAAAUGCAAAACGGAGCUACAGUAUUGGCGGUCCCGCUCGCCGGCCGUACCUCCAUUGUGUGCGGAAUGCGGGGCUGCACUAAGCGUCUCUCCUGCUUCAUCCCUUUCACAAUGGGCCGCCGGAACUAGCGCCGAGACGAGCGAGGAGGGUCCCGGCGCGAGCUCGGCGGGCGGCGGCACAGCCGGCGGCGCAGCGGUCGAUGCGGCCACGGAGCUGCCGAGCAAGGCCGAGCUGAAGGCCGAGUCGAGCGGCGCCGAGGACGCCGGCACGCCGCCGACGCGGCGCCGCGCGUCCGCCGAGCCGGGCGGCGCGGCUGGCGCGGGCGGCGCGGCCGGCGCCACGCCCGAGCGCAAGAAGCGCCGCCUCACGCGCCCGCGCAAGCUCUGAGCGCGCGCUCGCAUCCGCCUCCGCACUCGUUCUCGGCCCGCCCACGCGCAUCCGUUUUCGGCGUGAACAUCGACCUAGCUUAAAGGUGAGGGGCUACUGACGAGUACGCAUGCUUUCUAUUAUACGGUUAAAUUAAAAAUUGUAGUGCUGGCUUUCCGCUGUACUCUGACUUCUUGGCGGUUCAAGUUGCUAUUUCUCUCUUAGUGUAGGAGUGCAGAAAAAGUGAUCUCUAUCCAAAUUGUUUUUUCCUGAAUAAUACAAAUUAAACUUUGAGUGACGUCCCUAUUAUUAAUUUGACCGUAUAGUACGACGUACUCGUUUGGCUACAUCACUUUUUGGGAUUCUGUUUGUAGGAGGUGGUCGCGUGUUGAACCGUUCCACGGCCGUGUUCAAUAUUCUAUACUGUAGUCUUUCUACAUGUAAAACAGUACAUGUUCUGGAUCCGGCUAUACAUAAUGGAGUUGAGACAUAUGUUAGAUUUGUCGUCUGUAAACCUUGUUUGUCGUGUGAAAUUGGAAUAGAUCGUGGUUUAUUGGAUCUUAUAAUGGUCUAUGUGAUCAUUAAGAGGACCAACAAAACCAUCAUCUGUCUUCCGCUAAUGCUUCUUCGAGAUAAAAAUGUUAUAGAACAUUGUUGCAGUAAAGAGAGUUCGCAUGGCGAAUAAUGGCAUAGCCUUCUGUCUGUGAAAUCUAUGGAUAUUUACUUAUGAUUAUCACUUAAUAAGUCUGUUCAUGUAAUAGGUGUGAAGGGAGAGGUGGAAGGGGCCACCUACUUUGAACCUUGACUUAUUUGUUGGUAAAUGUGAUAAGUCCAUGGAAUAUUGAGUGGAUAAGAUAGGUAUGGUUGGAAUUAUAAACAUGUAGUGUAGAGUAUGUUUAUAAUUUGCUUAGUUUAUUAAAUUUUAAUAAUUAAGUUUUGUAAGCAUUAUUUCAAUUGCUGUCAUCUUGGUUUGAGUUAUAAACAAUUACUAUGAUUAAAAUUACUUGGUCUGUGUAAUUACAGUUAUUUUCAAUUAUGAAUAACCCAAAAAUAUAAAAAUAUUUUGCUUGAUACUGCUUAGUAUCAUUUCAGGACAGGAAUGCUUUUAGUAAGUUAUUUAAAAAAAAAAACUUUUUUAGCAUCAGUUUCAUUUUAAUUUGAGAUUCAAUACUCAAUAUUGUCUUAUAAAAAUCAUAUGUAGUUAUUGUUAUAUAAAAAAAUAUGUUGGAUCUUUGUGAGAAGGAUUAUUGCGAGCCACAUACCCACAUAAAAUAUAUACCAGUCUAAGCGUACACAUACAAAAUACGUGUGGUGAAAGAAAUUUUGUUUUAUGCAGUAUUCAUUUAACUAGGCUAAUAUUUUAAAAUAAUUUUGAAUUGCGUCAACUAAUUAACUUUUUUUGUUACCAAUACGAAACAUAAAAAUGAAUUAUUAUUAUAUACAAAUAUUUUUUCUUCAAUAUAGUCGUAAUUUGUAUUAUACAUAUAUUGUUGUAAAAUCUAUGUCAAACUUCUUUAAUAAAAAAGUAAACAAACAGUUUUUUUAACAGGAUCACACUCUAAAUACAAUUAGUAGCACAUUCAUCUAUAUUUUUAAGUUUUUUUUUUUGUGAUUCUGACUGUCAACGCAUGGGUAAAUAGCAUUCUCGAAAAUAAUAUACAGCUUAUGUUAUUUGCUGAUAAUGUAAUUUUCUAUAAGUGAUAGGAUUUUUAAAAUCAGUUUAGUAGUUUUUGAGUUUAUCCAUUAUAAACCAACAAUCAAAUGUUUUUUUUAUAAAAAGUUUUUAAAAAGCUUUUUCAGUGAUUCAAACCCAGUCAGUUAAUUGCUUUGUAAUUGGUUAUUUUAGAACAUAACUAAACUAUCUGGUCAGGUUAAGAACUCGGUGUGUUUAACUUUUUGUUAAAUUGUACUGAUAUCUAGGAUUAUUUGUACAAAUUUUAUUGUGCAAUAAAGAAUAAAUAAAUUAUUAAUAAUAACAGUCCCAGUCAACACUCAAAACGUCUUUAAUAAAACAUCACCUAAAUCAUUAUUUAGGUGUUCUUCUACUGUGUUCCUUCUUGACAUAUUGUCGAAAAAUGUUUAUCCUUGUCACAUCCCAGGCAAUUUUAUUUACAUAUAUAAGGUGUAAAUGUACUUAUUAAUGAUCGUUGACAUAAUUUUUAAUUUAUAUUUAUAGUUAAAUGGCAGAUAUAAAUAGGAAAUGUCUCGAAUAAAAAGAUCAUUUAUUAAGUGUAGGAACUAUAAUCAAUAUAAAUUCUAUUCAGUUUUAAUUUAUUAAGAGAUGUUUUAAACUAAAACUUAUUUAUUAACUUCAUUGAUAAAUAAAUGAAACAACUAACAAUAGCGACUACUUUUUAUUAUGGUCUAUUUUUUAUGUUUGUAAUAUGGUAGUGGCUCUAGAAUAUAUUCAAGUCGCAAGCAAAUAUGUGUUGUAUAUUGGUCAAGAAACAAACAAAUGUUCUAAACCUUGCCAGGUCUCAACAUCGUUGUAAUUAAAAAUAACGCGAAAAAUAUGUUAGGCGAUCGGCCGUUAAAAAACGUAUUUCAUUUAGAAAUACUCCCAUAUACAAGAAAAUGAAAAUUGUUAGCAUUCUUUGAAGACAGUUUCUUCACCUGUGAAAGUGAAUACCUUUAUCAAAGAAAUAUAAACAAAAAAAACCAUAGUAACACGUCGCGUACAGCUGUUGAGUUAGUACGAGAGAUUCAAAAGUGUUUCGUCGUUUUUGAAUUUAAGAUGUAUGAACUUUUUGUCCUAAAGGACAAGUUAAAACUCGUAUAUCAUGGAUACAUUCUUAUUUUUACCUACCGCUAGUAGUUUCAACCUGUAUAUACACACAGUAAGUGUUGUUGAGUAUGAGACCUCUUUUCUGAUCAUUAUUAGAAUUUCUUGUCGUCACACAUAUUUUGUCUGUCGCUGUGUUCGAUUAAUCGUAAUUGGUAAUGGAAACGUACCAAACAAACAUAUAGACAGAAUCAGUUUUAUAUUUAUGAUAUUAGUAAAGAUUCUCAUCGUUCACAUUGAAUUUAACCGGUAUAAUAUAAAUUUGAGUAAAUGAACAUUAUUUAAUUGUAAUAAAUUAGCGGGAUAUAUGUACAUUGAAUUCGUACAGUUCGCCAUUUGUGCAAUGAUAAAGAAUUAGUAGUUUCUCCAAUGGUAUUAAUAUGAUCUUUUGCGAUAUGGUCAUUUAGUAAGUUAUUUGUAUUAUUAUCAAUAAAUAAAAAAAAAACACUAAAUUGAAAAAAAUAAGUGUACCGUAAAUAACACCUUGAUCUUCUCGAAAGUAAGGUAAAAUCAAAAUUUUAUCAAAAAUUUAUAAUUUUACUUUUGUAUGUUUUAACAUAAUUAGUACAGUUAGUUAAUCAGUGGCUUGUAUUCACAUAGUACUUAUUAAAGAUUUGAUGAAUUUUUAUUACUAUUUAUUCCAUUACGUGUGUGAUUUAGUUUGACAAUCACAUCUUUUAAAUCGCGUAUUAAAAUUUGAAUAUUAGAAAUAAAUAGAAUUACAUACUAUUUUUAUAUAAGUUUCAUGAAAACAUGCAACUUUAAACAAUGGCGAAUUAUACGAACAUCAUAAUGCAUUCUGUUUGUUAACAUAAUUUUCAGAAUGGCAUAAUUUUGAUGAGCAUAAAAAUUAUACAAUUUUGAUGAGAGUCAAUGUAGACAAGUGAAUCAUAAUAAAUGGCCACUUUCUUCAUUCAUACAAUAGGAUUCUAGAAUUAUAUAUAUUUACAGUUCAUUUAAAUAUAACUUGAGCCCGUUGUUAAUGCAUACCAUUAAAGGAUAGUACGAUAUAGUAAGAUGGAUAUACAGAUAGUAUUGUCUAAGGGUUUAAAGUGUAGAUAAUGCUAUCCCAUCAGUGGUACCGUAUAUUUUGUGAUUAAUAAAGGAUAUAAGUUAAUAAGCAUUAUUGAUAUAUCAAGUUGCACAAGUAUUAGACAAAAUCGUUGAUAAUUUAAUCUCUGCUGAACGGGCUAUUUUGUGGAUCCACAAAGAAAACUAUCAAUUAUAUAACCGCAAACCUUUGGGAACAUGUAAAUGGAUACUAAAAGAAUUCAGUCAUUUUAUAUUUAUCAUUUGAGACCCCCCAGUUUUUAUUGAAUUUUUAAUUAAUUUAUAUAAAUAUAAAGAGUUAUUACUUACCUGUUCACUUUAAAUCUUCAAUAGCAAUGUAUAGAAGAAUAGUUAUAUGCAACUUUGUAAUGUUGCUUUAUUUAUUUCUAACUUACAUAAUUUAAGAUUGUACAGUUCGUCUUUUUCAGUCCGCCACUGUAGCAGAUAUAUAUUGCAAAUAAUUAUUCAGGGCAGUAUUUAUAUACCAAAUGACUAGAUAGAUUCAUUUUAUGAUGAAAUAGAUAUGAUGUUUUGUAGUUAAUAUUACGAUUUGUCGCGGAUUAGCAGUUCGGUUCGACACAGUGGUAUUUGUGUCUUUAGCACGAUAUUGCCAAGCCGAAAUCUAGUAUGCAUUUUUUUGUACGUACAACAAUCGUUAUAAGGACAGAUUUUAAUAAUUAAAAGUACAUCUUUAUUCUCUAAGAUAUAAACAUCCAUUUCAUUUCGUCAAUAUAACAAGGAUGGCACUUGCAUGAAUAAUUUUUAAUGAUAAGAAAUUAUCUUUCAACUGCCUUGGACGCAAUUAUUAUAUUCGAAUUAUGCCCAAGUUAUUGACUGUUCUAGGUGUACUCUAUUUGUUCUUGUGUUUUAUUUAAAUUGUGUCCAUCCAUUUCCAUCUUUUAUAGGAUCAGAAACAAGAUUUUAUGUAAUUGACUGUACUGUUUAUACAUUUAGUAACAAUUAAUGUUUAGUUUAAUUAUAGGUUUUACAGCCCUGAUUAUUUUAAGUAUUUAGAUUUAAAUGCGAUUGUGAAUAGGGUGAAGGUUGCAACAUUGUUUAUUUUGUAAAUAAUUAAAGAAAAAUAAAAUCACAUGUGUAAUGUACAAAUGAAUAUUAUAUUUAUGAUUAUAUACCUAAAUAUACAACUGUGUAAAUUAAAUAUUUUUGUGACAUGGUGUAUAGUUAAGCGACAAUAGUUGCUGAUAAAAAAUAUUUUCCAUACAUUACAUGUUAUAAAGGAUGUGCUCACAGGGCUUCACACAGUUUUUGCAUCAUGUCACUUAACAACUUAUGAACAUAUCAACCAAAUUCAACGAGUCAUCACUUUACAGGUUACCCAAUAUAUAUAUAUAUAUAUAUAUUAUAUACUUAUGAUUAGUACAUUGUAGUGUUCUGUAUUGAAUACGCACAGACUGUUUUGUGUUUAUAUCAAUUAGUUAAAUACAUCUUACAGUCGAUGUUUAUCCAUAUAUCCAUUUUUUUCAAUAUGCAUUAACAAGUCCCUUAGAAGGAAAUAUCUUAUAAGGGAAUUUAUCAUAUAUUUGGCUAUCAUCUCCAAAUUACAUCGGGCAUAAACAAGUAUGAAAAUUAAAACCCUGACUAAUAAUGUCGCUUAUUUUUAUAAUUGACCAGACAAUUGGCAGCAUAUUUUAGACAUUAUUUUCUAGUGCGAGCUUGGCUCCUUAGAAAAGUCACCUUGAAUAUGCUUAUUGUUUUGACUUUGUGGAUGAAUUGUACUAUUUGCCAACAUAUACUUAACACAAUUCGCCUGCUUACAGAUAGCGUAACGUAAAAUUAAUGUGUAAUAAUUUUAUGGAUAAUAUGAAUAAAUAUCGACAAUCAAAACAGAAGGAAGAAAUGAGACGAAUUUUCUGUAUAUAAAUAUUGAACAUCGUUGUUUUACAAUCUGAACUGUUUUAUUACAUGAAAAUGUGUGAAUAGACUAACUACUAUGUACAAUUGUGUUGCAAUAAUGCCCCCAUACAUAUAUAUAUACAUACAUAUAUACGUUCACUAAAUAUUCCUAACAUGAUUUACGGUAUUAUAGAGCUGUUAUAAUAAUAUUACUAUUGAAUAUACAAGCUAAUGUCUCAGUUUGUUACAUAUUCAGCUAUCGGACAGGUUAUCGUGUGCAGGCUCACGAUGUUUCAUGUAUUGACAAUAAGUGUUGUUAGUUACCAAAUAUCUAUCAGGGCUGCCACAGUAGUAAACAUUAAAAUUUGCCUUAUAGAGAAUGCUUUAUAUUACGACAAUCACCUAACUGGCGCAACUGUAUAUUUUUACAAUUGAACGAUACGAGCAAAUGGGUAAUGCUCCUGCGUGUUCUAGUAUAGCGAAUGAAACGCUCGUUCAAUAUCUUUGCCAUGUUAUAUUGUGUAUAUAGAUACGAUUGUACAUACUAUGUAUGCUGUGUGUAGAACUGUAGAUUGUUUCACAUUUUUAGAAUUGUAAGACAAAUUUAUUGAAUACAUAAAAGUACACAGAUUAUUUUUAUUAUAGUUAUUCUAAUUUUGGAAACAUUCUGAAAUGUUUAGUUCCUGUGUUGAUGUUAGGAAUAUUAUAUUUUUUUAAUAUUGUUUCGUGGGACAUAACUCCUAAUUAAUUCAGUUCCUAACAUCUAUACUGGAUGAAUUGAGACAUUUGUUGACGGUGCAAUUGUGUACAUUUAUUGUGAUUAUGAAUGUAAUCCGAAUAAUAUAAAUGCAAUGCUAUCGAUGGCUAUGAUUUUCCAAUAUUAAAUAUAUGUAAUACCAUAUACUUGUAUCUGUCGUAUUGGACUUAUUCUUCCUGUAAUUUAUUCUAAUUCAGUUUCAUAAUAAAAUUGAAUUAUCGGAUUAUUUCAACUACAUUUUAUUAUCAUUUAGCAAAUUAUAUUAUUUUAGUUACAUUGUGUACAUAAUAAUAUAGAAUAAGUAGUCCAUUUGAAAUCAUUUUCCAAUAUGCAUGGUGAGCUUUUGUGUGUAAUAUGAAUAUUUUUAUAAAUGCUGUGAGACGGGUGAUGUCAUACUGAAAAGAGUAAUUUGUUUCACAUAUUUCGGCAGUUUGUUUUGAAGUAUUUUGGAAAGUUCGCGCAUUAUUUAAUGUGAUGUUAUAUCAUGAACGUAUAAAUUUGUAUAAACCUGAAUGAAUUGUCUUCGAAUUGUUUCAUUAUCAAAUGUUAUAAAAUUACCUUUAAAAAUAUAACGGUGUGCCUAAAUCACAUUAGUACUUAAUAUUGCAAACCACGGAGUGGAUUUAAAAUUGAAAUAUAUUCAAUAUUGUAUUAUUAUCAUCCCAUUCUAUUUUAUUGUACCAAUAUUCUCGGCUCAAUAGUGCAAUAUAUGAAUUAUAUAUCCAUUGAAUGGUAUUACUUUGGCGCAGUAUGUAUUUGUUUGGAACGUUAAAGUAAUUGCGAUAGGGCUGUAAAUUAAGAUUAAAAUAGUUCUGUUAAUAAAAAAAUACCCUUAAAAGUGCACUAAAAGCAUUAUGGGAAUUUAUUAUGUUGUGCUCUCGCGAGUGUGUACAACCAGCAAGACUGUCAAUUGCUGUAGAUAUCCUCUUUAUGAUAGUUAUAUGAUAUAGUAUUUUUAUUAGACAAAAAUACAAUAAAUGUGUGAAGUCCAA